CCAAGAAGUGUGCAGCAGCGAAAAUAGAUACUGAGUUUUAAGAAAUAUUAUACUUACAUACAACAAGGAAUAAAAUCCAUGUUUAAUCAGAAGACUUCAAUCGACUUUUCUAUUUUGAACCUUAUUUCACGUUUUGCACUUAGUUGAGUGAGUGUACAAAAUUUGUGAAUAUUCAUUAAUCAAAUUUCAUUUAUAAAUCAAUAGAUUUCUAUAAACUCUAUAACUUAACAUUUAAAAAGACGCCUACAAAGUUACAUAUUUCGCACGUCUGUUUCUUAAUGUAUGAAAUUUUAAAACUUUAAAAUUACAGUUUCAAGUCACGCCAUUGUUUCAAAGUAAUUCACAAAAAUGAUUUUAGACCCAGUACGCCCAACUUACGAUCCCACCACCACCAAAAUUGACUUCCCCCCAGGACUCGACACCACAUUGGGCAUCCUGCUGAAGGAAAAGAGUGCCAAGGAAAACAUCAGAUCCGAAGCCACAGCCGCGUUGGGGGACACGAUUUCAAAAUUCGCUUCCCAUUUCUCCUCCCGUUUCAACAUGUGGGCCAUUUUCGACGCGAUAAAGACAUUCAUCACCAUGCAGCCCGCUUUCUCCGACCAAUUCAAUUACACGAACCAACUCGCGCUAAUUCUCGACAGGAUUUCCCCCGAUAAAACUCGUGACGAGAAAGCUGUCAAACUUAUCGCCGAUUUUAAGGAACACGUCGCCUGCCAAGGUGGCCCAAUCGGGCAGGAUGUGGCCAUUUGGGUGGCUGCAAAUGGAGACAAGAUAACCCCCAUUUGCGCCAAAUUCUUGCAAAUUGUUCUCGACAAAGUUGGAUUUCCAACGCAGCAAAAAAGUUGGGCCAGUGCCAUCACAAUUUUGCAAAAUAUAAAUUGCAUACUUUUACCGAGGGUAAUACGUGGCUGUCCGAAGUGGCAUCGACCCUGAUGAAAGUGGUCCCUUCCGAACUGAAAAAUCAAGGUCGAGUCGAAUUAGUAACACUGUUCCAAUUCUGCAUCACCACGGAGCUUGAUAUGGAAAAAUUUCAAGAUUUGCUCGAAAAGAUUCUUGCAGUGUUGGAAGAGGAUGACAAAACUGUGAGGAUUUCGAUGAUAAAAUUAAUCCUGAAAGCAGUCCAUCAUUCCUUGUAUUCGUCGAAGUUCGUAAUUUCGGUCGACCUUUUGAAAAUGAUGAGGGAAAUUAGUCCUACCGUGGCAAUUGUAAAUUUUACCGGAUUGAUGAUGUCCUAUGUGAGGGAGAUUUUGCAAAAUUGCAAGGAUACCGGGUACGUCGCAGAAAUGGUGGAAAUGCUCAGUUUCGCAGAUUUGGAGGGACUCUUCAUAGGCGACGUGGUGGACGGCGUGGUUGCCAUGACGACCAAGCAACUACAUCCGAUUGACAAUAAAGUGUAUGUCGAUGUUUUCAAGGAGUUGCGAAAAAAUAAUGGAAAACUAACCCUGACCGCGAAAAGUGCAGAAAAUUUGCUCGAAUCAACACAACAUGUUAUCGAAACCGAUAAUCUCGACAAAUUUGUACAACUACUUUUUCAACUUGUCGAAAUUUGCGCCGGAUCGGAACAGAAUUUUGUGGAUGUCGAUGUCAAGAAUAAAUUCGUGUCGGAUUUUGGCACCCUGUUCGAAAAUCGGAUAAUCACCGCGGUCGAGGUAGCAGACAAGAAAAUCGUACCGCUUCAAAUUUUCUGCACUACUUUCACUUCUCAUAUCCAGCUUGGAUUUAACAUUGAUGGCGAAACCUUCACAAAAAUUAAUGACUUCCAAGUCAGAGAAUCUUCAAACAUGGGAAACGAUGAGAAAAUCUCGUUCCGUGACAUGAUGUCCGCCACAGUGGAAAAAUGGGGCGGAUCUCUCUCAACCAAUAUUGGGCUCGACUUAUGGAAAAAUCUGCUAAACGAUGAACAAUUCGAUGACAAUGGAACCUUGGCGAACGCAGUUUUAAUCAAUAUUCCAAUCUCGGACGAAACGUGGGACUUUAUUCUGACCGAAAUCGUUUGGAAAGAGACGCCAUCUCGCGAGGAUAACAUUUACCGUGCCCUCAUCACUUUGGUGAGUAAUUCAAAAUUCCCGCGCUCUCGGGUCGUCGACGUGGUGAAGCGUCGCUACAACAAGUUAAUCCUCCAAUUUUUCAUUGCUUGGAUUAGUGACAAGAAAAAUGAAAACAUUUCCCCCGAGGUGGACGAAGUUUUCGAGUAUGGGUCAAAAUAUCUAGAGUCGAUCAAUCAGAGUAAAGAGAAAGAUUCUGACAAUUUAUUAAAGCGGGUGGAGAAGAUCGUAGAGUCUGGUUUCCUCCAAGAUUCUUCAGCCGAGAUUCAAUUGUUUUUUGAUUUAUACGUAUCUCUAAUCACUAGGGCGAAAGGGGGCACGCUUUCUUCUGUGUACUGGGUGAAAUGCAUGGUUUGGCAGAUAGUCUUCGUUUUUUCAGUGAAUAUUGAGUUAGGUUCAGAGGCGACAGACAAGGUAAACGUUGAAUCCGUCAGGUUGGGGACGAAAUUGCUGCUUGAUUCCCCAAUGCAGAAAGAUACCUUGGGGGAGACUGAGUUGACAAAUUUUAAGUGGCAGCUGGAACGUUUAAAAGAGGCUGGAUGGACGACGGAAGAAAUUAAGGGGGAUAUUGGAAAAGUGCAGGAAAAUAUGGGGGGAUUGUGGGGGUAAUCUUGGUCCAAGGUUGAUGGGGGACAUUCUAUAUGUUCAAUUAAAUAUGUUUGCAAAUCAAUAAUUGUACUGGGAACAAAUUUGCUAAAAAAUAAUCAGCCCAUUUAAAUCGUUAAAUAAUUAUUAAUUAUAAUCACUCAUAAAUCAGGAUAAAGUAAACCUAAUUGAUUUGGGAAUGUUUGUAAUUGUAUUAAGUUUGUUGAUGUAUGUAUGUACAUAUUUACGUCUUUGCACGUAUCCAUAAUAUAUCAAAUUUAAAAACAUUUCUUCAAUCUGAUUUCUAAAAAUUGAUACUACAGAGUUCUUUCUACGUAUGUAUGUACAUAUGUAUGUAUCUAUUUUAUAGUUGGAGAUUAAACAGGAAAUAAAAAUUAAUACAUUGCAUUUGUCGAAAUUUUGCCUUUUUUUUCGUGUUCCAUACAACUUGGGAAAGAUUAUCGCUAGAAAUGCCUCGGCUGGAAAGUUGGGAGUCUAAACCUGAAAAGAACUUGUAACAAGUAAUUUCAUAAAAA